UGAAAUUGGUUCAGUUCGUUGAUGUCGAAUGCGGAGAGAAGACCUAUUCUAUUCGUUUUAACGUUAACAUUUUCGUGAACUCAAUAGUAUAGGAUUCGUAUAAAAAUGUCUUUGAAGUUUUCCAAUCUCUUUCGCAAAGCGUGUAGGAUAAAGAAAACUGGGUUGAGAGAAGUUUCCCAGUAUUAUCCUAUAGAUGAACAUAUUUCUGGUCUCACAACCGAACAGAUACAAUUGAGGGAGAGUAUUUUUAAUUUCGCUCAGAAAGAAUUGGCUACAAAGGCUAAUGAAAUUGACAAAAACAACAAAUUUGAGGAGUUGAGGUCGUUUUGGAGAAAACUAGGAGAGCUUGGUACAUUAGGUAUAACCGUAGAUCCGGAAUAUGGAGGAACAGGCGGCAGCUAUACUGACCAUGUGGUAAUUAUGGAGGAGUUAUCCAGAGCUUGUCCAGCUAUUGGCUUGAGUUAUGGAGCACAUUCUAACUUAUGCGUAAAUCAAAUCCAUAGGAACGGAACUCAAAAACAAAAAGAAAAAUAUUUACCGAAGCUUUGUACGGGAGAGCAUAUAGGUGCUUUGGCGAUGUCAGAACCUGGAGCAGGAUCAGAUGUUGUCUCGAUGAAAACAAGGGCAGAAAAAUCUGGAGACUAUUACGUUUUGAAUGGAAAUAAGUUCUGGAUAACCAAUGGACCCGACGCUGAUGUUUUAGUGGUAUAUGCGAAAACCAACCCAAACGCCACAAAAACCCAGCAUGGAAUAUCCGCCUUCAUUGUGGAAAAAGGAAUGCCUGGCUUCACCACUGGACCGAAAUUAGAUAAAUUGGGCCACAGGGGAUCCAAUACCUGCGAACUCAUUUUUGAAAACUGCAAAGUCCCUCGUCAGAACCUUCUUGGUAUAGAAAAUAAGGGAGUUUACGUUCUUAUGAGCGGGCUGGAUUUGGAGAGAUUGGUGUUGGCAGGAGGACCUGUCGGCAUUAUGCAAGCAUGCUGUGAUAUCGCAUUCUCUUAUGCGCAUAUCAGGAAACAGUUCGAUACGAGGAUUGGGGAGUUUCAACUGAUUCAGGGUAAAAUGGCAGAUAUGUACACUACAUUAAGUGCCUGUAGGACUUACUUAUACAACGUAGCCAAAGCAUGUGAUAAUCGAAAAGUUAGCAGGAAAGACUGUGCUGGUGUUAUUUUAUACACGGCGGAAAAAGCAACCCAAAUGGCACUAGAUGCCAUUCAAAUAUUAGGUGGUAAUGGAUAUAUCAAUGACUACCCAACAGGACGUUUAUUGAGAGAUGCUAAAUUAUUCGAGAUAGGUGCUGGAACUUCUGAAAUAAGAAGAAUGAUAAUUGGCCGAUGUUUGAAUUCUGAGUAUUCCUAACUCUUAACCCGAUGAAUUGAUUUUUAAUUGGCCUGACUCAAAUUCAGAAGCACUCAAGUAACAUUUGAAGCAACUAUAGGACAAUGGAUCUCUGAAAUGAAAAGUUACAUAAAUAUAUAUUUAUUCUACCUCAAUAAAUAAAUAAAUAGUUA